CUGAAAAUGAGUUCUGUCUCUCAUUUCCCCCCUCCCCCAUUGUCCCAAAUGAAGGACUCUCAUGAGAGUGUGGGUUGGGGGUAGGUCUGAAAACGUCAAAUGAUUGGCACCAAUUGUAAGAUGACUUUCUAACCACGUCAGUUUUUUAUCUUAUGAGAAGUAAACUUUCUCAUGUCUGUUUUUCUGCGAACUCACUUCGCCACUUGCUGCGAUUUCAACUCUUCGGGGAGAGUUUCGCUCCUCACUCGCCUUUUCUUCUCAUCGGGUGCUUUCUCUUCACCCGUUUGGGGAGCUGUGCUCAAGUGCCAGCUGAUGGCUUUUGUAAUGCUCGUCCUUGCUCAGAUCACUUUAACAUCCCAGCUAGAUGAAGCAAAGGAGAUAGAGCCCUUCAGUUUGAUUGCUUGGAAUGGAAGGGGAGCAGCCAACAGGGACUGUGCCAGGCAAGAGGACCAAAACCUCCACUGCAGCCCAUGGGAAGGGCGGGGAGCCCUUGGAGGAGUCCUCCAUGGACAUGGAAGUGGAGAACGAAGGCACCAGGAGGCCUGACAAAGACCCUUCCCAAGCAACCUCGGAUGAGGUGGUGGAUAAUCGAAGUUUAGAAGAGAUUUUGGGUAGCAUCCCUCCUCCCCCACCUCCAGCAAUGACCAGUGAACCUGGUGCUCCUCGGCUCAUGAUCACUCACAUUGUAAACCAGAACUUCAAAUCCUAUGCAGGAGAGCAAACUCUGGGACCUUUUCACAAGCGUUUUUCAUGUAUUAUCGGGCCAAAUGGCAGUGGCAAAUCCAAUAUAAUUGAUUCCCUGCUUUUUGUGUUUGGCUAUCGAGCCCAAAAAAUCCGGUCCAAAAAACUCUCAGUGCUGAUCCAUAAUUCUGACGAGCACAAGGACAUCCAGAGCUGUUCUGUGGAAGUUCACUUCCAAAAAAUCACUGACAAGGAAGGAGAUGAUUACGAAGUCAUUCCUGACAGCAAAUUCUGUGUGUCUAGAACUGCCUAUAGAGACAAUUCUUCCACCUACUACAUUGAUGGCAAGAAAAAGACAUUCAGAGAUGUUGGGAUGCUCCUCCGAAGCCAUGGGAUUGAUCUGGAUCAUAACAGGUUCUUAAUUUUACAGGGUGAGGUGGAGCAGAUUGCCAUGAUGAAGCCCAAGGGGCAGACGGAGCACGACGAGGGAAUGCUGGAAUAUCUGGAGGAUUUGAUCGGAUCGGCGCGGCUCAAGGAGCCCAUCCACACCCUGUGCCGCAGAGUGGAGCUGCUCAACGAGCGCCGUGGGGAGAAGUUAAAUCGAGUUAAAAUGGUGGAGAAAGAAAAAGAUGCCUUGGAAGAGGACAAGAACAAAGCCAUUGAGUUCCUUUGCUUGGAAAACCAAAUAUUUAAGGAAAAGAAUCAGAUGUGUCAGUAUUACAUCCAUGACCUAAAGAAACGAAUAAAUGACCUGGAAAUGCAGAAGGAGAAAAUUAAUGAAGAAACUAAAAGUAUUAAUGAGAAAAGCAGUAAACUUGCAGAGGAAACAAAAACCAAGAAUAAAACUUUGAAAGAACUUGAGAAGAAAUUCAAUAAAAUUACAAAGUACAUAGAGGAAAAUAAAGAAAAAUUCACUCAGUUGGAUUUGCAGGAUGUGAAAGUGAGGGAGAAUCUCAAACAUGCCAAGAGCAAGGCUAAAAAACUGGAGAAACAACUUCAAAAGGACAAGGAAAAGGUGGAGGAGCUGAAGAACGUCCCUGCCACGAGCACCAAAGCCAUUGAGGACGCCACGGCCAAGAGGGAGCUGCUGGCAAAGGACAAGGACAAGGAGGAGGCCAAGCUCAGGCAGGUCCUGGCCAGCCUGCAGGAGGAGACCAAGGGAAUUCAGAAGGAAAAAGAGGGCAAAGAGAAGGAGCUGAUGGAGUUCAGCAAGGAGGUGACCGAGGCCCGCUCCAGCAUGGAGCUCGCGCAGUCGGAGCUGGAGCUGUACCUGAGCAGGUACAACGCGGCUGUGGCUCGCCUCAGCCAGGCUCAGGAGGCCCUGCAGAGCACCUCCAACACCCUGAAGGAAAGGAAAGCUGCCAUCAGAGACAUCACUGGGAAACUGCCCCAGGCUGAGCAGCAGCUCAAGGAGAAAGAGGAUGCUCUGGAGAAGCUGGGAAGGGAAGAAUCCGGGGCCAAGGAUGUCCUGCGAAACCUGCGCCGAAAAGUAGAAGAAGCCAAAAGCUCUUUAGCACAAAGUCGCAGCCGAGGAAAAGUGCUCGAGGCUCUGCUCCAGCAGAAGAAAUGUGGGAAUAUUCCUGGGCUCUAUGGAAGGCUGGGAGACCUGGGAGCCAUCGAUGACAAGUACGACGUGGCCAUUUCCUCAUCGUGUGGAGCCUUGGAUCACAUUGUUGUGGACACCAUUGACACCGCCCAGGCCUGUGUGAACUUCCUGAAGGCUGGAGGGAUUGGAGUUGCCACCUUUAUAGCCCUGGACAAGAUGGCUGUGUGGGAAAAGGAAAUAAAGAAAAUCCCAACUCCUGAGAACGCCCCGCGGCUCUUUGACCUGGUGAAGGUGGAGGACCCAAAGGUUCGCCUGGCGUUCUACUUCGCUCUCAGGAACACUCUGGUGGCCAAAAACCUGGAGGAAGCCACCAGGAUAGCAUUCCAAAAGGAGAAAAGGUGGAGGGUGGUAACCCUGCAGGGACAAAUCAUCGAGGUGUCAGGAACCAUGACUGGUGGGGGAGGAAAAGUCAUGAAGGGCAGAAUGGGCUCUUCAGUUGUGAUGGAUGUCUCAGAAGAAGAGAUCAGCAAAAUGGAAUCCCAGCUGCAGAAGGAUUCCAAAAGAGCCGUGCAGCGUGAGGAGGAGAAAUCCCAGCUUGAGGAAGCCAUAAGGAAACUGCAGCAGGACAUUCGGGAAAUGAGGAACACCUCAGAGAAGUACACAGCGAGUAUUCAGGGUUUUUCUGAACAAGAAAUCGAUCUCAAAAAUCAAACCAAGGAACUCGAAGCCAACGUCGCUGCUGCUGCCCCAGACAAAACCAAACAGAAGGAGUUGGAAAAAGUCCUUGAGGGUUAUAAAAAAGAUUACGAGCGCGUGGCUCAGAAGGCCGGGAAGAUGGAGGAGGAGGUGAAACGACUGCACCAGCUCAUCAUGGACACCAACAACAAGAAACUGAAGGCUCAGCAGGACAAAAUCGAUAAAAUUGACAAGGAAAUUGAUGAAUGUUCCUCAGCCAUCACCAAGGCCCAGGUGGCAGCCAGGACUGCAGACAGGAACCUGAAGAAAUCCGAGGAGGCUCUGCAGCGCACAGAGAAGGAGCUGGAAGACAAUGAGAAGGAAAUGAAGAACUUGGCAGCAGAGCUGACAACGCUGGAGGACAAAGCCACCGAGGUGAUGAACGAGUGCAAGAACGCUGAGGAAGCUUUGCCAGCAGUGCAGGAGGAGCAGAAGAAUUUACUGGAGGAGAUGAAAACGAUUCGGGAUGCUGAGCAUGCCCUUCAGAGUGAAGCUCUGAGCAUCAAGCUGAAAAUUGAACAAAUCGACAGCCACAUUUCCACCCACCAGGGAAAGGUUAAAUUCUGGCAAAAAGAGAUCUCCAAGUUAUCCCUGCACCCCAUCGAGGGCCAGGCCCCCGAGGAGCUGCAGGUGCUGAGCGAGGAGGAGCUGGAGGCGCUGCAGGAGCCCGACGCACUCAGCAAGAAAAUCGCUCUGCUGGAGGCACAGCGACAGCAGCUCCGCCCCAACCUGGGCGCCAUCGCCGAGUACAGGAACAAGGAGGAGCUGUACCUGAAGCACGUGGAAGAACUGGACAACAUCACCAGCGAGAGGGACAAAUUCAGAGAGGCCUUUGAAGAGCUCAGGAAACAGAGGCUGAAUGAAUUCAUGGCAGGAUUUAAUGUCAUCACCAACAAGCUGAAGGAGAACUACCAGAUGCUCACGCUGGGAGGGGAUGCUGAGCUGGAGCUUGUGGACAGUCUGGAUCCCUUCUCAGAGGGAAUCAUGUUCAGUGUGCGGCCUCCCAAGAAAAGCUGGAAGAAAAUCUUCAACCUGUCAGGAGGAGAGAAGACCCUGAGCUCCCUGGCCCUGGUGUUUGCCCUUCACCACUACAAACCCACCCCUCUGUAUUUCAUGGACGAGAUCGACGCCGCCCUCGACUUCAAGAACGUCUCCAUCGUAGCAUUUUACAUCUAUGAGCAAACCAGAAACGCCCAGUUCAUCAUCAUCUCCCUGAGGAACAACAUGUUUGAGAUUGCAGACAGAUUAAUUGGGAUUUAUAAAACCCAAAACACCACCAAAAGUGUGGCCACCAACCCCAAAAUCCUGGCUGUGAAAGGACUGAAGGAACUUGGUCUCCCUGAGUGCAGCGUAGCCCAAAAAUAGGGAGGAAGCAACUUCCAGCCCAUGGCUGCUGUUUAUUUUUGUCUGAUCUCAUUUUGUAUUGUAGACUUGGUGUUGUUUUAUAAAUUUUGUAAAAAAUUUAUAUUCUUAAUAUAAACCCAGCCUCAAUAAAUUCCACUUUUUUGAA